CCUGCCCAGGGCCAGGGGCUCCUGCCUGCCCCUCCCUGGGGCCCUGCUGCCCAGCCCCGCCACAGCCGUGGGCACGUGGCCUUUGUCCCUGCUGGGAUCAAGGCUGCAGAGGCAAGGGAAAGCGACAGGGCAAAUGGAAGUGACAUUUUUGGUGUUCUAACUGCAACAGGGAUUUGUCCUGCAAUGAGAUCCUGACCAUUGAGGAACGGGCUUUUGAGCCACUGCCUUUCCUGAAGUUUCUGUGAGUGAUCAAGUUGCUUUCUGGUGUUUUCAGUGCAGUCUUUGCAAUGGGCGCCUUUCCUGUGUUGGAAAAUGCUCCUGUUCUUGUCCCUAAACCUGCCCUGCUCAGAGCCCAGCUUAGCUGCAGAGGUCAAUGGUGAUGGCUGCCCAGCCACACCAAGGGGACAGAUCCCAGCAGGGUUAUCCACACAGAGAGGAGCCAUCAGAGCAGCCAGUUCUUGCAGCCUUGGCUGCACCCUGGCACAGAAAUAGCGUCAGCACUUGUGCCCUUCACUUCCCCUCCUGCUCAGGCUACAAACACUGAGAAAGCAGCAGUUUCCUCCCUCUUCCAUCCUGGAUUUGCACCUUUCCUCCCAAGAGAUGCUGCUUGCUCCCUCUUCCCGUAGGACAGGCCCCAUUCCUUUGUGUGACCUCCUCUUUCCCCAGAAACCUCUCUGGGAAUGGCCUCACGCAGAUCCGCAGCGGCACUUUCCAGGCCUGGCACGGGAUGCAGUUUCUCCAGGAGGUGUAAGUGGCCCCAGGGCUAAAGAAAGGCAUGGCAGGGCGAGUCUCUGCAGGCUCUCUGCAGGGUCAGUAGGCAAGAGCAGCUGUGCCCUCUGGAAAGCCCUGACUGUGCCUGUGGAUGUCAGCCAGGGAGCAGCAGGAGCGUGCAGCUGGAAGGGCCCUUUCCCCUGCCCUGCUCAUCUCCUGCACGGCUUCCUUGACACCGGCCAGGCCAUCGCCACGUGCCCGGCACACCCAGCUCCCGUCCCUGCCAUCAGCCCUGACAGAGCUCUCUUGUUCCUCAGGAUCCUCAGCCACAACCCGCUGGCUGUCAUUGCUGACGCUGCCUUCUUCAAGCUGCCCUCGGUGAUGUCUCUAGACCUGAGUGCCACCCAAGUGACUCCGCAGACGCUGCUGCUGCUCCUGCAGACCACGUUGAGCUUGGAAACCCUCCAAGUGCCCAGGGAAGUGGCCUGCUGCCUGUGCAAGGAGAGUCCCUUCACCGAGAGCCCGUGCAGGAGCAUCCUGUUCCCCUGCAAGAAGCUGUGCAGCACCAGCGCCCCGCAGUGCGCUCAAAGAAGUCUGGUACAGACACGGGGAGAAACACUGGACAUGGAACAGCCCAGAACGCUGAGCACCAGCCCAAUGUUGAACCUCAAGCCCAAGGAGCCUUCACUGGGAGAUGACAGAACUGCAACACUUGUGAUUGCCUUGACCCCAAGUGCUGAGGAUGAUGUCAGCAGCCUGGACAAUUCCAGAAGCAAUUCCUAUCCCCCUCAGCAUCUCUUGGAGAACACAGGCAUACCAAGUGUUGAUGACGUGAGGACCCAGCUCAAGAAGAAGCUGCACAUGAAGAAACUGCACACGUCCAAAAGCAUCCAGACUGCAAAAAGCCUUCUCCCAUACCAGCGCCAGCCUCCCCGGCUGAAGGACGUGUUGGAAAAGACACCCUCAAGCUGGGAUCAACAGGAGAUGCAGUCACAUUUAAACCGACACCGAUUAAACCCCUCGGAUGUAGGUGGUGGAUUACACCGUGCUUACGGUGCCUCUGUCACUGGACAACGCAGAGAUGAGGAGGAAGAUCCAGCUCCCAGGAGGAACUACAUCAGGAGACACAAACGGCACAAGAGGGACGACAGCCGGAAUUGGGUUGGACAUAAGCAGCUUUUGUACCAGGUUUGGAGGUCGGGAGUCAAAGUGGAGCCAAAGCCCAGAGCUGACCAGGGUCUAAAGAGGAACCUGGAUUUUCUCUCUGACCCGUCGGUUCAGAGCCGCCCUGCUGCCAGCAGCUGGGGAGAGGCCUUGGCUGAAGAGGAGCAAUCCUCUCUAGGCAGGCACCCCCUGAUCUCCCCUGACACCACAGAGGAGAAAGGCUCCGUGCCCCUCAAUAAACCUUGGAGCCCCCGCAGUCCAGACGUUGCGCUGGUUCCAGGAGAACUCUUGGAAACCGCGCUUGAUCUUCACCAGCAGCUUCUGGAGAUGGACUGCAGCCUGCCCCAGCUGAAGCAGGCCUGUGCCAAGAUGGUCUCAAAGACCAGGCUGCUAGUAAAUGUGCUCCGUGAGAGGCAAGAGAACCAGGAAGCCUCUGAUGCCAUGGACCAGUGUCCUCAGCAGGAGAACAUGAUCAUCCACAUGGCUUUGGGGAAAGGCAAGAAACUGCCAAGGAAGAAUCUGGAGGUUGUGGUGUACGUCAUCAUCUCUGUGGCUUUGCUGUUUUUCUUCAUCUUCGUUUAUCUGAUAGUGAAGUGUGUCUUCCAGCUGGAGUGCCCAGGUGAUGAGCCCCAGGUGCCCCUGCAGAUGCCCCUGCACAUGCUGAAGCGCUCCCGACCUCGUGAACCUGACUGCCAACGCUGCCACAGCAGGACCCUCUGCCUGAGAAGGUUCUGUGUAAAUCUGCCACAGCGAGAGAGGAAGGAUAACCAGGAGGCACAGGAUGUGGAGCAGAACUGGGCAGGGAGCUCCUCCGAGAGUUGCCCCUCAACUGUGAGCCUGCGGGACUGUGUGCCCACGGCUGGAGGCCGCCCCGGCCCGAGCGCUGCCGGAGCCGCCCCGGCCCGAGCUCUUGGCCCGCGCGUUUCUCCUCGGUCCCGGGGCCGCUGCCGGUGCCGCUGCCCGGAGCCGGAGCUGUCUGUGCGGCGGAGCGGCCGCGCUGCCCGCCCGGGGCCGGGGCGCCUGUGUGGGCGCUGCUUGCGGGACCGUGGCGGCCUUGCCAGAGCUGCCCGCGGCUUCCUUCGCACGGGGGCCGCUGCCGGUGCCGCCGCGCUGAGGCGGAGCUGCCCUUUGCUCUCGGCCGGCGCUAAUGUGGCGCUACGGCCGCGUCGGGAGCUGUGCUGUCAGUGUCCGGGCGCUGCCGCCUCCCGAGCCCGGCAGCCGGAGCGCUUCGCCGCCGGGACUCGCUGCAGCGGCGCUUGCGGCGGGCUCGUCCGGCCGCCGCCGCUGCUGUUCCCGGCGCGCUGA